AUGGACACCAUCAUGGAGACGCCCGAUCGCGAGCGCGCCCUGCUCCAGCAACGUGCGGCAUCGGCGUCGGCCGUGACCUCCUUUCCCGGACAGACGCCAGACAACCGCGAGCUCCUCUCGACCCACCCGCACCUCCAGCACCAGAUCAAGAGCAGCCCCACCUCGGCCUCUUCCGACAGCUUCUCGUCCUACAUCCACAAGGACGCCGCCAUCAUCCAGCACCGCUCCAGCUCGCCCCGCGCCGACUCGGGCUCCCAGGCUUCCGCAGACGGCCCAGGCGCGCCCGGCAGCCCCAGGUCCCGCGUCCAGGCCCGCCUCGACGCCGUCGCCCUCGAUGGCCACCGCAGGCUUCCCUCGUUUGACUUUUCGCGCCCCAUGCCCCCCAUCCGCUCCGUCUCGGCCACAACGCCCAUCCGCGGCGGCAACUUCCCCGCCGUCGUCGAUCGGCGCUCGGCGCGCAGCCAGGAGUCGGUCGCCGUCGACGUCAGCCAGCUGCGCGAGCGGCCCCGCUCUCAGCCCGAGCCUUUCGCGCCCAUGUCCAUCAGCGCCCUCUACCAUCAGCCAACCCACGAGGGCCUGUCGCAGUGGGAGCGCGAGGGUUCUGUGGCCUCGGUCGCCUUCACCGCCGACGGCAAGGACGACGACAAGCAUGGUCAGAGGGACGAUGCCGGCCGCGCCGGCGAGAUCCGUAGAAGGCGCAGAACACGUCCGGACGAGGCCAACCUCCUCGUCCGGGCCUACGCCGACAACGCCUUUCCGAACCAGGAGACGCGACAGCAGCUGGCCGACCAGCUUGGCAUGACCGUCCGCGCCGUCUCGGUAUGGUUCCAGAACCGACGGCAAGCUGAGAAGAAACGGUCCGGGCGGUACGGCGGCUCCGGCAUCCUCGGAGGUGGCGCCUCGGCCGCCGACCCUUCGGCCGAUCUCAGCUCUUCCGCCACCGCUGCCACCAAGGCGGCCGGUUCCGAGCCGGAGUCGGUCGUAGCUCGACCGCCGCUGGCUUCGACGCCCAAAGAUCCCAACAACCGGCCAGCCCGUGCAUCGCUGCCGGAGCCGAUCAAGUACACGCAAGCGAACAAAGAGAACGUCCCACCGUGGGCCGCCGCCACCGCCGCCUUGUCCCGAGGCGACGACGGCACACCUCUCAAGGUACCCAAGCUGGAGCCGCAGGACGACCUCCUCGGCAGCGAGCGGCCCGUGUCCGAAACGCCAGCUGCCUCCUCGCACCGUACGCGCGACCCGAGCGCUGCCGCCGACACCGUGUCUCGAAAGGCCGACACCCGGCAGAGGCCGGCAUCACAGAUGGACAGAGUCCUAUCCAGGUCGUCGGCGACGCCGUCGGCAGUAGCCUCAACCGUCUCAACUGCAGCGCCUCGGAGCACGCAUCAAGCGCUCUCCCGCGUGCGGUCGGCGCCGAGGCUGUCCCUGGACGAGGUGCUGGCCAGGCGCGCCUGCGGCCUGAGCCGCUCGGUGACUGAGUAUGUGAGAACUCACGACCGGUCGAGCGACAUCGAGGACGAGGUCGUCAGCACCAUCCUACCUCCUCGGAAGGUCCUUUCGCGCGCCGGAAGCGCCUCGAGCCUCUCGCUCGUCACGACGGCCGGUGGCAGGGCCAGCCUCGGGAGCCCGGCGUCGCACGCGACCGAGAGCGCCGCUGCCGGCGACAUCGCAUCUCUCAACUCGAGGCUGCCUCCGGCCGUCACGGCCUCGCUCCAGCGCAACGGCGUCAUCUCCAAGCUCAGCGAAGAGGAACACGCGGAGCAGCAGAAGGCUAAGCUGGUCUGGCAGCGGAUGGAGAGCAGCAGCGCCAGCAGCAGCGAUCCGGAUCGCGCCCUCGCCGAUGGCGGCGUCAACGGCCUAGCCCAUCCCAAGGACAGCGAGGAAGACGAGGAGACGACGCUGCGCAUCAUCGCCAACCGGCGCGCUGCCAGGGCCCAGGCUCUCGGUCGCGGGAAGCCGGCCGCUGCCGACGCCGACGCCCGCACGGCGAUCCAGCAGCAUGCCACCGCGGCCUCGGAUCGCAGCCACCAGCUCGCCUCGGCGCCCUCGCAGCUCGGGCUGGUGAAACGCGUGCCCAGCCUCGAUUGGGCGGCGGGACGGGACCGAUCCGUCACCCCCGCGCUCCCGCAGCGAACGGUGAGCAGCCCUCUCGCCCGCACCACUGCCCGCACCGCUUCGACGCACAAGUUUGCCUCUCCGGCCAAGCCCAGGCCUAAGGACCUGCAAAAGUCGGCGGCUCGACGGGCCUCUGCCCAGGCCAAAAAGGCUGCCGCUGCUGCGCCUGUCCGGCUGGCGCCCGCCAUGUCGACGCCGCUGCGGAAGACCGGAGCGGCCGCCCAGCAGCAAGCGUCACGACCGGCCGUCGCCGUCACGCCUGCCCCCAACGGAGGCCGGACCAGCCCGCGAAAGAAGGCAGCUGGGGCCGCAGCCACGGCCACAGCCACGCCGCAGCAGCAGCCGCAGCACUUUCAGCAGCAUGUCAACGACGAGAACGUCUUUGGCGGCGCGACUGUCCCGUCCCCGGCUUUCCGGUCCACGCCUGGCAGUCCGAAACGUCGCCGCGUCGAGCACGUGGCCCCGCCAGCGCCGAGCAUCGAGACGGCCGCCGCGCCGCACCCGUCGGUCCGGACGGUCGACCGCGUGCUCGGCUCGCCGAUGUUCGCGCCGCGAGGCAUGAUGCACCCGCACUCGUUCCCGGCGAGCUCGACGUACCUGUCGACGCCGCGGCCCCUGGGUUCGUCGCCGUUCAAGGGCCCGCUCUCCACUCGAUCCGAGAGGAUCGGCUACCGAGGCCUGGGAGCGGGCAGCCCGUCGGCAAGCCCGGCGCUGCGAGACUACGGAUUCGAGCAGCCGCGCGUCCGCUCGUUUCAGUCGGCGCGCGAGUCGAGUGCCCGUGACCAGAGGCGGCCGCUGGCCGAGCGAGGCCCCUUUGAUUCUCCGGCCGGCUCGCGCACGCCCUCGCACGACUCCAACGACAGCGGCGCCGCGUCCAACACGAGCGACGAGUGGGUGUCGAACCUGGCCAAGGCCGCCGUCGGGUCCGCCUCGGCCGCCACCUCGUCGACGCCUGCCGGCGGCGCUGGGUCGUCGACGGCCAAGGUGCUGUCGGCGACGCCCUCGCGCAUCUUUGCGGACCGGAGCAGUGUGGCCAACCUGACCAUGUCGGCCGAGCGCAUGGGACCCUCGGCGAACCGGCACGACGACAGCGGAUUUUUCGGCAGCGACGAGAGCGAGGACGAGCAGCCGGCGCCGGCUUCGGUCGUGGUGCGACAGAAGAAGACGGCGCUGUCGGCAUCGGCGUCGCGGUGGGCAAAGUCGAGGAGCAGCCCCGUCGUGCCGCGCAAGCGCAAGGCGGGCGACGCGGCCGAGGACCAGCACGCCGCCGAGCUGCUCCUCGGUCUCGGCCAGCGUCACGAGGCCCAGUCGCAGUAG